UAAUCCUAAGCGACAACGCCGCUUCCCCACCCAUCACUCUCCUUCCUUCCGCUUCCCCAUCCUCCCUCCCUCUCUCCUUCCUCCUCUCCCACCGCCGCACCUAUUUUCAUUUUUCAGCCACUAUAGCCUUCUGCAAUUCCUCAAAAAUCCAUCACCUCAUCUUUUCUUAACCCGUAAAUGCUCUUCCUCGUCCCAAUCCGUGAAAUGGCUCGGAUUCAAUCCAAGCCUCUGGUGAGACAGGGCAGCUUAGCGGGGAGCUGCUUGCGACGGUGGCGAAGGGAUGGAAGCGUCGGGAGCGGGGAGCUGCUUGCGACGGUGGCGACGGGAUGGAAGUGCCGGGAGCGAGGAGCUGCUUGCUACAACAAGGACUGGCGAUGGCGAUGGCGACUGGGGAUGGCGAUGCCGUCGGGAAGCGCCGAUGCCGGGACAAGAGGUGUUGACGGCCGAUUCCACGAUUGGCCUUUUCUAUUUUUUUUAGGGUAAAUCAAACGGCCGAACCGCGCGACCGGCUCGAGCGGCUCGAGCGGUUAACCGCUUCGGCCGCUCGCCGACCGCUGUAUAAAAUCGUGGCGGUUAAAUAGCUGAUCCGAGCCGGUUUUACGGCCAGGUGGCGGCUUUGGUGGUCCGGCCGGCCGGCUCGGUUCGGCUUUGACAGCACUGCUCGAAACUCAUAUGGCCUGGUUUUGAAUGAAAUUGGAGAAUUGAG